CGUCUGCUUGGACUCUGAUUGACAAUAAUGGCGACGCGUUUGUCUUGAGUUUGGGCUCAACGAUACAGCUUAAAAUACCUCGCCACCGACGGCCAUUCAAACAUCUGGCGUCCUGGUGCGAACAUGCAAAUGAUCUCUUCACCAGAGAGAAACUAAAUAUUCCUGAGCAGGAGGCGAGGACUGAAGUUGUGGUGCCGGAAUUUUGUGAGAAGCAAUACAAAGAUCUCCCAUUUCGUGCUGGCGUGCGAGCUAGCCAACGUUAGCCACAAAGAGUGGAUUUUUCCUUGGGCAGAAAAAAACAACGGACAGCGGGAUUCGGAGCCAGUUUCGUGAUAUAUAUUGUUUUUUUGCAACAGAAGAAAAUACUUGGGGAGAGAGGACGUUUGGACAAUUAAAACGCCUACCAUCCAAGUCUACUUUGUUUCAAAGAUCCAGUCAGACAGUAGCACCCCCAUUUUGAGCUAGACCCCUGUUUUAAAGGGAUACUUGGAAAGGAAAAGAGAUUAGCUAGCUAGCUUCUGUAUUUGAAGUCGCGCCAUAAACUUGGAUCAACCUAUUUACUGUUAAGCUUUUUUACAGUCUACCUGCGUCUUGGAGAAGAUCGCACUUGAAGGCUAGUUACCGUUAAUGAAUAAAGUUUGGGAACUUGGAGGUCCGUUGUUUGGUUAACCGCCAGCUAGCUAGCUUGUGGUCUCACAGAUAGCAAGGUAAUAUAACGUUGCUAACUGCGGAGAAAAUACCCGCCGAUUUGGGAAUACUUUGUAAACAAACCGUGUAUACAUUCAUUCUGUAACCGGGGUUGCACCGUGGGCUGGUUGGUUUUGAUUUUGUUUUCAUCCUCGUCGCACGUUUUAGCCUCACGCUUCAGUUUGUCUUCAAGUUAGCUGAUAACACGGUGCCGGGCGAUUGAGUCGUGAGAGACCCCAGCAAUACAAAAACAAUCAGCGGACUGACAGUUGCUGCUCUGCCGAUAACAUUUAGUGGUUUUUAAUAGCUAGUCCGCUAACAAAAAAACAAGGUAACAGGAUUUGUGUAGCAAGCUGACGAUAGUUAGCAGGGGAGCUAGCUAUCUGGAGAACUUGUUAGCAAGUCGUUUGCAAACUUGGAGCACAAAUAGAAGCUAGGUAGCUUGCUACCUAGCUAACCCAUAAUUACGCCAUCUGAGUGGUUUUAAGUUGCGAGAGUGUUUGCUGGGGCGGUUAGCAUUGCCAAGCCGCUACCCCGGUUUUGUUUGCUCAGUGACCCUCGUUGUACGUUGGCUAAUAACAGUCGUCGGACGCGCUAGCUAGCCAACUAAGCUAGCCAGCGAACUAAAUGCACGGUGCGAGAAAACUUUCAGGUCCGACCUAAAGUAGAUCUUGCUAACUGUUGCUAAAAAAAAAACCCAUCGCCCUUUUCUUGCCGGAUCUGCUCUGUAAAUGACCACCGGCAGGAAUAAUCGAGUCAUGAUGGAAGGUGUGGGUGCGAGGGUGAUCCGGGGACCGGACUGGAAGUGGGGGAAGCAGGACGGCGGAGAGGGGCACGUCGGAACCGUGCGGAGUUUCGAAAGUCCAGAAGAAGUGGUGGUGGUCUGGGAUAACGGGACCGCGGCCAACUACCGCUGCUCCGGGGCUUACGACGUCCGGAUAUUCGACAGUGCGCCCACAGGCAUCAAGCACGACGGGACCAUGUGUGACACGUGCCGGCAGCAGCCCAUCAUCGGCAUCCGCUGGAAGUGCGCCGAGUGCACCAACUACGACCUGUGCACCACCUGCUACCACGGCGACAAGCACCACCUGCGCCACCGCUUCUACCGGAUCACCACGCCGGGCAGCGAGAGGGUCCUGCUGGAGUCCCGCCGCAAGUCGAAGAAGAUCACGGCGCGGGGGAUCUUCACGGGGGGCCGCGUGGUGCGGGGCGUGGACUGGCAGUGGGAGGACCAGGACGGCGGCAACGGGAGGAGGGGCAAGGUAACCGAGAUCCAGGACUGGAGCGCGGCCAGCCCUCACAGCGCGGCCUACGUCCUGUGGGACAAUGGAGCCAAGAACCUCUACAGAGUGGGCUUCGAGGGGAUGUCUGACUUGAAAUGUGUCCAGGAUGCCAAAGGGGGCUCCUUCUAUCGAGACCACUGCCCUGUAUUAGGUGAACAGAACGGGAAUCGUAACCCCGGCGGACUGCAGAUCCAGGACCUGGUCAACAUCGACCUGGACCUGGAGAUCGUCCAGUCCCUGCAGCACGGUCACGGGGGCUGGACAGACGGCAUGUUCGAGACGCUCACCACCACCGGCACGGUCUGCGGCAUCGACGAGGACCACGACAUCGUGGUCCAGUACCCCAGCGGGAACAGGUGGACGUUUAACCCGGCGGUGCUGACGAAGGCGAACGUGGUGCGCAGUGGUGAGACAGCGGCCGGCGCGGAGGGCGGCAGCUCCCAGUUCAUGGUGGGAGACCUGGUGCAGAUCUGCUACGAUAUCGACCGCAUCAAGCUGCUGCAGCGUGGCCACGGGGAGUGGGCCGAGGCCAUGCUGCCGACCCUGGGGAAGGUGGGCCGAGUCCAGCAGAUCUACUCAGACAGCGACCUGAAAGUGGAGGUGUGUGGGACGUCCUGGACUUACAACCCAGCCGCUGUCACCAAAGUGGCCCCUGCUGGCUCUGCCGUCACCAACGCCUCUGGAGAGCGCCUGUCCCAGCUGCUGAAGAAACUCUUCGAGACCCAGGAGUCGGGCGACAUCAACGAGGAGCUGGUGAAGGCGGCGGCCAACGGGGACCUGGCCAAAGUGGAGGACAUCAUGAAGCGGCCCGAUGUGGAUGUGAACGGGCAGUGCGCCGGACACACCGCCAUGCAGGCCGCCAGUCAGAACGGCCACGUGGACGUCCUCAAGCUGCUGCUCAAGUACAACGUGGACCUGGAGGCCGAGGACAAGGACGGGGACCGGGCGGUGCACCACGCCGCGUUCGGGGACGAGGGCUCCGUCAUCGAGGUGCUGCAGCGGGGAGGCGCCGACCUGAACGCCCGAAACAAGCGCCGGCAGACCCCCCUGCACAUCGCUGUCAACAAGGGCCACCUGCAGGUGGUGAAGACGCUGCUGGACUUCGGCUGCCACCCCAGCCUUCAGGACUCAGAGGGAGACACCCCCCUCCAUGAUGCCAUCAGUAAGAAGCGGGAUGACAUGCUGUCAGUGUUGCUGGAGGCAGGUGCUGAUGUCACCAUCACGAAUAACAACGGCUUCAAUGCCCUGCACCACGCAGCCCUGCGAGGGAACCCAAGCGCUAUGCGGGUCCUGCUCUCCAAGCUGCCGCGGCCCUGGAUCGUGGACGAGAAGAAGGACGACGGCUACACCGCGCUGCACCUGGCCGCCCUCAAUAACCACGUGGAGGUGGCCGAGCUGCUGGUGCACCAGGGAAGCGCCAGCCUGGACAUUCAGAACGUCAACCAGCAGACGGCACUGCACCUGGCUGUGGAACGGCAGCACACCCAGAUUGUCCGGCUGCUGGUACGGGCGGAGGCCAAGCUGGACGUCCAGGACAAGGACGGGGACACGCCCCUCCACGAGGCCCUCCGGCACCACACGCUGUCCCAGCUGCGGCAGCUCCAGGACAUGCAGGACGUCAGCAAGGUGGAGCCCUGGGAGCCCUCUAAAAACACGUUGAUAAUGGGCCUGGGGACCCAGGGGGCGGAGAAGAAGAGCGCGGCCUCCAUCGCCUGCUUCCUGGCGGCCAACGGGGCCGACCUGACCAUCCGCAACAAGAAGGGCCAGUCGCCCCUGGACCUCUGCCCCGACCCCAGCCUCUGCAAGGCCCUGGCCAAGUGCCACAAGGAGAAGACCAGUGGUCAGGUGGGCUCUCGCAGCCCCUCUCUAAACAGUAACAAUGAGACACUGGAGGAGUGCAUGGUGUGCUCGGACAUGAAGAGGGACACGCUCUUCGGCCCCUGCGGCCACAUCGCCACCUGCUCCCUCUGCUCGCCGCGGGUCAAGAAGUGUCUCAUCUGCAAGGAGCAGGUCCAGUCCAGAACCAAGAUCGAGGAGUGUGUUGUGUGCUCGGAUAAGAAGGCAGCAGUCCUCUUCCAGCCCUGUGGUCACAUGUGUGCCUGUGAGAACUGCGCCAGCCUGAUGAAGAAGUGCGUGCAGUGCCGGGCCGUGGUGGAGCGCCGCACCCCGUUCGUCCUGUGCUGCGGAGGGAAAGGUAUGGAGGAUGAGGCCACUGAUGAGGACCUUACAGGGGGCUCAAACUCAGUGGCAGGGGGUUCGCAGGAUCUGCUCCAGACCAACAAUCUGGCGCUAAGUUGGUCAAGCGGAAACAUCCCGGCUCUGCAGAGGGACAAGGACAACACCAACGUCAACGCAGACGUGCAGAAGCUGCAGCAGCAGCUGCAGGACAUCAAGGAGCAGACUAUGUGCCCGGUGUGCUUGGACCGGCUGAAGAACAUGAUCUUCAUGUGCGGCCACGGCACCUGCCAGCUGUGUGGGGACCGCAUGAGCGAGUGUCCCAUCUGCCGCAAGGCCAUCGAGCGCCGUAUCCUGCUCUACUAGAGCCCCGGGCCCCCCCCCCCCCCCUCCCCGGCCUUGCUGCUCCACCCGACCCCCCGAACCCCUGCACCACCAGCUGCUUCUCCAUCCCCACCCGUCUUGUGUAUCUGCAGGCAUGCCUUUGUCUCGUGCAAGGAAAACGGACUUUACACGCGCAGAAUGACUGUCCCAGGAAAAGGCUGUUGAGUUAGUCUUGGUAAAAAAAUGUCCCUCGGUCGGAGCAUUAAGGUUUCCCCGCGGAUCUCUGCGGCCGCCACUGGCUGCUCUUGCAUCCUUGAUUUUUAGGAAGGCCCCCGCCCCCCCGUGGAGCUACACGUCGCCUCGCUCUGUGUCUGGUCUUCCUGUCCUGUGUGCUGCCUUGCGCCGGUCCCCAGAAGAAGGGUUUGUGGGUGCUCUUCUGAUCCCUCCCCUGGCCUCCCUUUCUCUGCCAGGGUCCCGGGACGUGAGCCGCGGCUGUGAGCGGCUCUCAUUGAACGUAAUAAAAAGUAUUGAACAGCAGGGGGAGCCACUGAGCAAGAGAUGUUUUCACUCAGCCCGGCCCCUCCCCUUGUCUGUGAUCCGUUGUUUGCUUGCUUCUGAUGCCAAUGUGGACUUUGUGCGGAAGGCUUCCUGUUGCCAAGCCUUCACUUUCUUUUAUUAUAUUGUAUUGUUUCUGAUGCAGAUAUAUUUAAUUAAGUGUUGCCACCAUCACACCUGCCCUAAGGUAUUAUAGACGAUAUCCUCUCUCUUACUCGGCUAAUAUUUAAGAGUUAUAUGGCACAGCUUUGAAACAAACAGAGGUCUAACUGCAGUCCCAAAAUUUAGCUGACUUUACUAUAUCCUGAAGUCCUCUGCUGUUUCACCCUGGGAGUCCAGAGGUCUUGAUUGGUUUGGGGUGGGGGGGAUAAUGUUCCUCUGUGUCGUUCUCCAACACCCAGGAGGUAGUUGGAAAUGAACGCGUUUGUGAGAGAAAGGUUGGCAAGCCUCUCUCUGCAGACGCCAUCUUCCCCGCGCCUCGGCACAAGAUCAUUUCCCAAGAGCCCCCUGCCGUCUCCGCCAGCAAAUGAAACCCGCUGGCCCUGCGUACCUUAUCUAGGAGUCGAUAAAGACGGCAGGCUUUUGCAUUCAGGUGGAGGUGCCUUAACCUCCCCCACCGCCCCCACCCCCUACACAGCCAUAUCUAGGCUAACUGCCCCACUUCCCUCUGCCCUCUUACCGGCAGGUGGCUGAAUUGAUCUUAAUAAAGUGCAGUCGUGUUAAAGUGCUGGAAGUCCACUCCUGCCCCACUGAUAAGGUACUGAUACCACAGUCCAAUAUCCCAGGCAGCAGGGCCUCAUUGGGGCUGUUGCCUGACCUUUGCUGACCGAAUCGCUAAUUCAGUACAAGCACCAGCAAGUUUGAGUAUUGCGUCUCUCCUGAACUGUAUAGGCAGGUAAUACAAACUGGGCUAAUUGCAGCGUCAGAAUACUUUCAUAGGUUUGAGUCUAUAUAACUAAAUAGUCCCUUUAUGUCGUGUGUUGCUGUGGACGAUCCUACAAAUAACGUAUGCAUUACAGAAUAAGUCACACUACAACCAACAGUUCAGCGCAGUAAAAGGGAUGUAAUACGGUGUUGUCCUAAACGACAGUAUGAGCUAAAUGUGCAAGGCUUCUAACCGUCGGUUAAUCUGUGCUGCUUCCUUGUUUACGCAUUUUAGACGCUUGUGGGGAUAAGGUGCUACCUUGAUUAUUGUCAACUGAAAACGCUCUCUCUCUGUCUCUAGAUACAUCAAAUUAAGCAACAAUCUAAUGUAAAGCCAACACAGAUAAAUAUUUUAUUUACUUGUAGUAGAGAAUAAAUGACUAUUUUGUACGGCUGCUCGGAAUAGGCUUGGUAGGCGUUGCAUCCUUCAUGAAGCUAAAUGCGGCUUUUCACUCGAUGUGAAGCUCUCUCCAUAAAUAUCAAUGUUGACAAACUAGGUCCCUCAAGUGUCGGGCUACCGGUGAACGGUAACGAAGCACGCUUUGUCCUGAAGCUUCCGUGGGCUUAUUGUUUUCACCUGGCCGUGCAGUGUUGUGGGCUAACUGAUCAUCACUAAAGGGUUUUUUUUUUUUUUUUUUUUUUUAA